AUGAAACUGCGACGAACAGUAUGUCCGUGUUCGAUGCAUUGUAUUUUAAUUAGUGCAGUGGUCAUUUGGUCAUCAAUUUUCUUUUAUCUUUCAUUCAAUCUAUAUGGUUUACAAUCAAAAGGAAAAGAUAUUAAUGAGGAGCGAAUUUUGGCAUUGAAUUAUGAACGAGCUUUGUUGGAUUUAGCAGAAUUAAAGCAUGAAAAUGAAAUGCUUCGAGAAUUAUUAAAAGAUGAAAAGAUUGAAAUUGUUAAGAGAAAGAAAUUAAUUAUGAAGAAACAGAAUGAUAGUAAUGCAACGCGUAUAAAAAUAAACAACAAAUUUGGGAAAGGGACGAAACGGAUUGAAAGAGGAAAGAGUGAAAUUUUGAAUCUUUUGCAAUCGAAUGGUUUUUCUAUGAAACAUGAAAUAGCGAGACGUGAAUUGCAUAAUUCAAUAUGGGAAUUAUAUUACUAUCUCGAUAGUCAACUUAUAUCAACUCACAAUAACAAUUCCAAAUUUAUAAAUCAUAUACGAAAUCAAUUACUUUCUUUACUUGGUCAAGCAGCAGCUUUCAAAAAUAUCGAUUCAGCGGAAAGUUGGCGAGCAAACGCACUUGCAAAUAUUUCGGCAAUAUUUCAAAAUCAUUUCAACAAAAUGCAAAAUCCCGAUGAUUGUAAAACUGCAAGAAUUUUAACAUGUGAUUUGAAUAAGCAAUGUGGUUUUGGUUGCCAGUUGCAUCACGUUACGUACUGUUUUAUUGUUGCAUAUGGCUCAAAUCGUACACUUGUCUUAACGGAUGAUGGUCGUACGUGGAAUUACGCUGCAAACGGUUGGAAUGCUGCAUUCCUUCCAAUUACCAAAUGUUCAUUUUCGGAAAUUUUCAAGCUGAAUGAAAACGCUGAUGAUUGGGGUAUUGGUGAACAUUACAAGGAUAAACGGAUAGUGAAAUUACCGAUUAUUGAUUCACUCUCCCAGCGACCGGCCUAUCUUCCUCUUGCUAUUCCGCAAUUAUACAGUGCUGAACUACAGAAGUUGCAUUCUAAUUCUCCAGCAUUCUUCAUUUCACAGUUCAUACGAUAUCUAAUGCGUCCAUCAGCAGUAUUUGCGAAAGAAAUUGAUCUAGCCGUAAAGAAAGUACCAUUUGAUAAAGGACCAAUCGUUGGUUUGCAAAUUCGUCGAACGGAUAAAAUUCACACGGAAGCAUCUUUUCAUGAUUUGGAUGAAUACAUGAAAUGGGCAGAAGAUUGGUUUCAAAUCGAAGAAUAUCGCACACGCUUAUCAGUUAAGAGGCGAAUUUAUAUUGCAACUGAUGAUCCGGAAGUUUUCGAUGAAGUUUUGAUGAAAUAUCCAAAUUAUGAGAUAUAUGGUGAUCCAAAAAUAUCAAAUAUGGCUCAGGUUCAUUCUCGCUACACUGUAGAAUCAUUAAUUGGUAUUGUGAUUGAUAUUGAAUUAUUAUCAAGAUGUAUAUAUCUUGUCUGCACGUUCAGUUCGCAGGUUUGUCGUAUGGGUUACGAAUUAAUGCAGGUUCGUUUUGGUGACGCAGGUGAUCGAUUUCAUUCCUUGGAUGAUAUUUACUAUUUUGGCGGCCAACAAGCUCACGAGCAAGUAGCAGUUGAGUCAUAUCGUGCUGAAAAUGAUAAUGAAAUAGACCUAAAAAUUGGUGACAUUAUCGGAAUUGCUGGUAACCAUUGGGAUGGUUUCUCGAAAGGUACUAAUAGGCGAACAGGCAAAAAAGGUCUUUAUCCAUCUUACAAAGCUCGUGAAAAGUAUAUCACCUUAGACUUUCCUUAA